AUGGUUCGCAACAUCCACAUCGCUGUUCUCGAUGUUGAUAUCCCUGCUCGCAAGCUGUACGAGGCUCGCGGUCUCUGCAGCGCACACUUUCGCGACAUUCUCCGCGAGACAGCAUCAUAUUUGAAUAAAAAUCACCCUGCCAUUACCGACCCUCUUAAUAUCAACGUGACCGCAUUCGAUAUUCGCGGUGGCCACUAUCCUGAUUUUCAUCUCCUGCGCGGAGGCCCAACACAAGAGCAAUGGCCUAUUCACAACCCAAUUGACGCUAUCCUGAUCACUGGCGGCUCGCCUGGUGUAUACGAAAUGGCUCAUUCACCAUGGAUGCAGGUUCUCGAGAAGUUCAUCCAAACUGUUUACCAAGAAUUCCCCGAAGUCCGCAUCAUGGGAACCUGCUUCGGACACCAGCUCAUCUCCCACGCUCUUGUUCGCAUCCCCGAUGAUCCUGUCCGCGACGUAUAUGUUGAGAAAUGCCCACUCGGAAGAGAAGUCGGUAUAUAUACCGUUCAACUGGAAGAUAAAUUUGUGCAAGCUUUCCCAUCAGCUUUGGGCCAUCUACCAAAGGGUCAACUUCGGAUCCAGAUGUUCCACGGCGACCGCGUGAUCGCCGUUGAGAAGGGUACUCCCGUGAUGCUGAGCGAGUCGCCGCCUGUUUCUCUUCCUGCGCCCUGGAUUAAUAUUGGAAGCACGCCUAUCUGUCCAAUUCAAGGCCUUUUUAACCCCGGACGUGUCCUGUCUGUCCAGGGACACUAUGAAAUGGAUGCAUUUGGUAUGCAGAAGAUGUGUGUGGAAUCUGCGCCUGUUAUGGGGUGGAAAGAGUCUAAAUUGGCGCUGUUUUUGGAGCAGGUUGGUCCUGAUUUGAAGGAUCGGGCUGAUGAUGCUAAGUCUUUUGCUUCCGCUGUUCUUUGCUUCUUGGCUGAUCUGCAAUGA